AUGACGCUUCGCACUGCUUUCACUGGGCUUUUGUGCGCCGGCUUGGCCACCGCAAUUCGGUAUAACGAUAAUCAAGUUGCCCUUACGAAAGACGGUGAAGAAGCUGCCAAGAACUUCCCUGAGGUCAAGCAGAUAGAUCUCCAGUCGCCUGCUUUCAUUGACCCCAAGAGCAUCGCCGCUGGUUUCGACAAUGGCACAAGCGGACCAACAAGCGACGCUACUUUGAACUAUUUCCUCGAGAGUCUUGCAUCUCGCAAUGACUGGUUGACAUACAACAACCCAUCUUUUAAAUCCGACGAAGGACGCUCAAUUCCAUAUGUUUACUUGUCUACCUCGUCGCAGCCUGAGAUCAAGGCCAAUUCAUCUUCAUCCGAGAAGCUCCGUGUGUACCUUCAAGGUGGUGUCCAUGGAAACGAACCCGGCGGCGACCAAGCCCUCCUCGCGCUGCUCGGCAAAUUUGACGCCAACUCAACCUGGGCAGCGUCCAUACUCGAGAAGAUAGACAUCAUGAUCUUGCCUCGUUACAACCCGGAUGGCGUCGCUUUCUUCCAGCGAUUCCUGGCAACGGGUUACGAUCCCAACAGAGAUCACAUUCGUUUCGCAAGUCAACAAACCCGUGAGGUCAAGGCACUCAUUGUCGAUUUUGCUCCUCACGUCAUGGUAGACGCUCAUGAAUAUAGCGCCAAUCGGGCUUAUGGCCUCAAAGAUCAGUGGGCGCAAGCCGUGGAUGGUCAAUUUGAUCCUAUGAAGAAUCUCAACAUCCACAAGGAUAUUCGAGAAUACUCCGAGGAGGUUUUCGUGCCCAGAAUUGCUGGGGCAAUGGAUAAGUUGAACCUGCGCUGGAGUCCUUAUAUCACUGGAAAUGCUAGGGAGGAGCCACUGGUUUUUACUCAGCUUGAUACUCAAGCGCGAGCUGGCGAUGUUUCAUUGGCACUGACGCAAGUCAUGGUCUUCCUCACUGAAACUCGAGGCAUCGGUCUUGGAAGUCAGCACUUUCAGCGCCGCGUUGCUUCAGGAUUAACCAUGAUCGAAGCCAUCGUCCAAACAGCUGCGGACAAGGCCGCGGAGGUAUACAAGGUUGUUGAAGGUGCCCGCCAGAAGUUCAUCGACGGCGUAGACGAAGUCGUCGUUACAGAUUCUUUCCAACCCACUAACCGCACCUGGGACUUCAUCGAACUCCCAACCGGCAAGCUUGUCGAAAUUCCCGUACAAUUCCUCAGCUCAACACCUGUCAAGUCCAACCUAACCCGCUCUCGCCCCGAAGCGUACAUCUUCCCGCAAGCAUGGAAAGAAGCCGCCGACCGACUUCGCCUCAACGGCGUUACCGUCGAGAACAUUCGCUCUGAGUUCCGCGGCGAAGUUGAAGCUUAUAACGUUACAAGCAUUGAGUUGGCCAGCACCGUCUACCAGGGAACUGUGUUGAAUAAGGUCACUACUAAGAUCAACAAGAAAGAGAUUACGAUGCCGGCCGGAAGCUUUUGGGUGCCGACAAGGCAGGCUGCGGCGGGGUACGCGUUUACUGUUCUUGAGCCUGAGAAUAUCGAUUCGUAUGCUACAUUCAAUAUCCUGCCGGUCAAUGUCGGGGACGAGUACCCUGUGUAUAGAGUCUUGGGUUAA